AUGCAGACUCAGCACACAAAAACAUCCAGCUCAACCACUGACAACAUCGCUGAUUAUUUCUGCAGUGUUUGCUUUCGCGCAUACUCUUCAAGGAAAACCUACAAGAGGCAUCUUAGCUAUGCUCAUCAAAUAAAGUUACAAACUCGCACAGAAUACAACCACAAUCAAGUGCCAGAUCCUCUCGAUGCAAAUUGGUACUGCAGUGCGUGCAAAACAUCUUACAAAACCAGAAAUAAAUACCGUACUCAUUGCAGGAGAAUUCACCGUCUGAUAUUACCUCCUGCUGCCAAGACGUUCAAGAAUCCCAACGCUGAAAUCGACAUCCAAGAUCCCAAAAACCUUUACUGUGCAAAAUGUGAUGUUCGUGUCAAGCGAAGAGAUUCUUUUGUGAGACACAUGAAAAAUAUCCACAAGGUUGUUUUGCCACGAAAAGGUUUCCCCAAUCCUGAUGCUAUCAUUGACAAGAACGAUCCCAAUUUGUAUUGCGCAAAAUGUGAAAUGAACUUAUCAUCAAAACAAGCCUUUAUAAGACAUGCAACGAAUAUACACAAAUUAUAA